AUGCACUUCACCACUGUCAUCGCCUCGCUCGCUGCCCUGGCUCCUCUGGCCAGCGCCGUCGGCAACGCCAAAGUGCAGAACCACUGCAAAGAUCCCGUCUACCUCUGGUCUGUUGGCGGUACCGUUGGCUCUCAGCAGACCAUCGAGCCAGGUAAGGAGUACUCCGAGCCGCUGCGCCAUGACGACAAGUCCGGCGGAGUGUCGCUGAAGAUCACCACCAAGGAGAACGGGCUGUAUGAUGGCAGCCCCCAGACCAACUUUGCCUACACACUGGAUGGCAGCAACGUCUGGUAUGACCUGUCCGAUGUCUUCGGAGACCCAUUCUCCGGCGAGUCCCUGGUUGUCAACCCGUCCAAGGCCGACUGCCCCAACAUCUGCUGGGCCAGUGGCGUCUCUCCAGGUGCCAGCCAGACCAAGACAUGCACUUCUGACUCGGACGUCACUCUGACCCUCUGCUCGGACAAGUGCUAA